AUCAGCCGCCUGUCACGUGACUGGUCCAGGAAGCGUCCUCUGACAGUGGUUCGUGCCACCACGGGGCAGGAGUUUGGACGGUUAGGACCAGAGCAUGUUUGUGACUGUGCUCCUGCUUCUGGUCACUCUGUGUGCCCAGGGAGGAAAUGGUGAGGAGAGAGAUGAGGCACAGAGACCCGGCCAUGUUUCGGUGGUCAUAGUGGGAGGCACAGGUGACCUGGCAAAGAAGUAUCUGUGGCAGGGCUUCUUCGAGCUGUACGUUAACCAGGUCAAAGGUGCACACACCUUUUCGUUUUACGGCGGAGGACUGACACCUACUGACAAGGGAACACCGGUCCUCUUUGAGAUCCUGAAGGCGGUGUCCUGCUCAAAGGAUGUAUCAAAGGAGCGCUGCGCUGUGCUUAAAGACCAGUUCCUGCGGCUCUCACAGUAUCGGCAGCUGAAGACCCUAGAAGACUACCAAAAUCUGGCUAAGAACAUUGAGCAAGAGCUUCAACAAGAGGGUAUGACAGAGGCAGGGAGGCUCUUCUACCUCUCAGUGCCAGCCUUUGCAUAUGCAGAUAUUGCUGAUAACAUCAAUAGUAGUUGUAGGCCGACCAGCGGGGCGUGGCUGAGAGUGGUGCUAGAGAAACCUUUUGGACACGACUUUAGGAGUGCUCAGGUGCUUGCAUCUCAGCUCGGGAACUCCUUGAAGGAUGAAGAAAUGUACAGAAUUGACCAUUACCUAGGGAAGCAGGUGGUUUCAAAGAUACUUCCAUUCAGAGAAGAGAACAAGAAGUUUCUGGAUCCCAUCUGGAACAAGCACCACAUUGAGAGAGUGGAGAUUUUACUAAAAGAGACCCUGGAUGUGAAAGGCCGUAUUCCCUUCUAUGACCAGUACGGGGUGGUCAGAGAUGUGCUACAGAACCACUUGACAGAGGUCAUGACCCUGUUGACCAUGAGACUUCCCCUGAAUCUGAGCAGCAGUGAGGAAAUCCUGCAAAACAAGCUGCAGAUCUUCAGCUCCCUGCUGCCUGUAGGAAAGAACCAAGCUGUUGUCGGCCAGUACCAAACAUACCAAACAGAGGUUCAACAGGAGCUGAAUAAGACGAAAGAUCAUGUCAGUCUCACACCAACAUUUGCAGCUGUGUUGGCGUACAUCGAUGAUGCCCAGUACGAAGAUGUGCCGAUUCUUUUGAUCUCAGGGAAGAUGUUAGAUGAACGGGUGGGAUAUGCACGCAUACUUUUCAAGAAUGAUAUCUUUUGUCUUCAGAACCACAACAGCGUUCACUGCAAGCCCAAACAGAUAGUUUUCCACUUUGGGCAUGGCCGUCUUCAAUAUCCAGCAAUCCUUGUGAGUAAGAAUUUAUUCAAGCCAGUUUCAAAGGACAGUGAGUGGAAGGAAGUGACAGAGCAUGGAGAUGUCGAUAUUCUAGGUUUGCCUAUUUCAGACUACUAUGUGCAAACUCCAACGAAGCAGAGGGAAGCUUAUUCAGAACUCAUUUCUCACAUUCUUGCUGGACGCAAGAAUAGCUUCAUUAGUACUGAAAACUUGCUGGCUUCCUGGGGCUUAUGGACGCCGCUACUCAGUAGCCUCGCCAGCUCUUUCCCCCGCAUCUACCCCGGGGGUGCCGAUAACGGAAACCUGCUGGACAUCCAUGUGAAAGGCAGAGAAAUUAGCUACAACAGUGAGGUGGUGAUAAUCAACAAUGAUCAGAUGGGUGGCACGUCAGCAAACGGUUUCCAAGUGAUGCAAGGCAAAUUUCGUAGUGCUGAGAUGAUGUCUGCCUGGUCUGAGGAGCUGGUGAAUAGGCUAGCUGCAGACAUACAGGAAGCAGCGGAGGCAGCUGUACACAAGGACGGCGUUUUCCAUCUUGCCCUCUCUGGUGGGUCCUCUCCUUUAGCUCUGUACUACAGGUUGGCCCUGCACCACUUCUCCUUCCCCUGGAGGAAAACCCAUGUGUGGAUGGUGGACGAGCGCUGCGUGCCAAUGACCGAACUGGAGUCCAACUUCCACAGCCUGCACGACCAUCUACUGCAACACGUGAGGAUACCCUAUUACAACAUCCACCCCAUGCCAGUGCAGCUCAACCAGCGUCUAUGUGUGGAGGAGGACGGAGGGGCUCUGAUGUACGAGAAAGACGUCAGCAAGUUGGUCAAUGGCUCCAGCUUCCACUUUGUGCUGCUGGGAGUCGGCUAUGACAGCCACACGGCCUCUCUGUUCCCCGGUAAUAAAGUGGACGAACACGGGGAGAGUCUGGUGGCCCUCACAGAGAGCCCCAUCAAGCCUCACCAGCGCAUGACCCUCACGUUCAGUGCCAUUAACCGAGCCCACAAGGUCGCUCUUUUGGUGAUGGGCAAAGGCAAGCAUGAGCUGAUCACCCAGCUGAGCCGGGUAAAGGACAAUCCAGACAAAUGGCCUGUGACUGGGGUGAAGCCUACUAAUGGCAAACUUGUUUGGUAUAUAGACUAUGAUGCACUUAUAGGAUAGGGGUUACAUUCCUAACUUUCAAUUAAUGUUUUUGGAGCUGCUUUAAUUGAACAGCUGGUUGGUGGGAAAGAAUGUAUGAGCCAGGACUUAAAGGACCCGUGGUCUGACACGUCUUAGCUUAUUAACCACAAAUCAUAUAUACUGAGCAUUACUGCUGCAUAUUUCUGAUUGAUUUCCUACCUUCUAACCAGCAAUUAGCAAUUAGAGUUUAGAAAAGUACUUGCACAGACUUGAACUUUGAUCAAAAUAAGAACUCCAUUACAGCUUUUAUUGUGUAGUAUCGCAGUGGAAAACUUGUAAUAGAAAGCUGGUUUAAAACCCAGUCCUUCAUUGGUGGAUUCAUGUGCUUGUAAGAAAACAUACAUUAGACACUGUGAAAAGAACUCUUACAUCAAUGGCACUGCUGUUAAGCCAACUUAAAAAGGCUCAGAUUGCGGAUGUGGAGUUUUUCAACACAUGAAUUCACCCGCAAGAGUUGCAGCUAAAUUUCCACUUUAAAGAUCAAUCAGAAGCUUUGAAAAUGUGUUUGCAGGAAUGUUAAGCAUUUGCAAUUUGUUGUUAAUAAGUAAAAAACAACUUCUACGGUCCUUUUUUUCCUGACAGUUCAAACCUCAUUCGAAUCUUUUUCUGUGUGUGUGUGUGGGUGUGGGUGUGUGUGUGUGUGUGAAAUGCAUAUACAGACUUUAUAUAGUUUAUCUAAGCCUAAUGAUGUGUGAGAUGAGUGAAAAGACACAUGAAGUAUACAUAUUUUCAGUUUACAAAGUACAGGGUAUGUACACUGCCAGUACAUGAAUAUUUGAUAAACAAGUUCCAACCAACACAAAGAUUUAUUUGCGAAUAAUCCAGGUUUGUACGAUCUCAGGUGAAUUUGUCAAUUUGCAGCUGUGUAAUCUACACUUCUUGAUUGUAUUUUAUAUUGAGUGGCGGUGACCCACUGAAUGUGACUGGUCCCACAUGUUUGUGUGAUAAUAGAUAUAUAUAGAAAUAUGAACAUUUGUUAUUGAAAUGUUUCAGGUAAUUCAAAGAAAUUUGGUGCUUCACUAAUAACAAGCACAUUCCUGACCUAAACACAUCACAUUCACAUUCCAUGUAUUUUAUCUGAUCUUCAGGUGCUUUUUAUAGAUAGAGGCCAAACAAGAGCAGUUUUAUUUCAAAUUUAGGUUGAUUUAUAUACCUUAUUUAAAUAAGGGGGAGUAUUACUGACAUUCAGCAGUCAAAAGUAUGUAAAGAACAAGCUGAAAAGAGACUUAAAAAGUAUCUGUGAUGUACCUUCACUACAUCGACAAAAUAGAUGAGCAUCACAUCGGCAAAACACGAUGUAACAGACUUUUUGUCGUAGGACACAGGAAUAUUUAUUUCCUGCAUCUUGAAGUGUUUUGAAGAAGUAUAAUUUUCUAAUUUACUCAUUAGGUGUGAAAGUUGAUUUGUGAUUAAUACAUAUGAUAUGAAGAGUAAUAAUUAAUUCUGGCUGUGUGAAUUAGUUAUAUCACUACUCUUGAAAAGAGCAGGUAAAAACAAUCUACAAGUUACACUGGCUGGACUUUUCAGUUUAUGGUUUUCUUACUAACCUUUUUAAGGGGAUCACUUUUGUUCUGAAACAGCAUCUGCACUUUUUUUUUAAACCUGGACAGCCAAGUUUCAUCAAUAUAAAGCAUUUGCCUUUUCAAUUUUCCUGCUAUGGUUUGUGUAAUGUAGCUUUACUUUUCCAAUGAGAUAAAUACCACUUUCAGUACUGUAUACAGUCAUCUGUUUUUGUAUAAUUAAACACCGAAUCUACUGUGUAAAGAACAUAGUUAUUAGCAAAUAAAACACAUCUAAAUGUCGAUGAACAAAUAAAAAGCAGUUAUGACAAUUGAUUAAACAUCUGCGUUGUGGUAUUUG